AUAUGUGACUACGGCGCAUAGUUUUGUUUCUCUGAAAACCCUAGCAAAGUUUUAGCGAGACGCAGCAAAAGCUUGAUCGAAGAUGGUUCAGCGUCUCACCUAUCGCAGGCGUCAUAGCUACGCAACCAAAUCUAAUCAACACAGGGUUGUUAAAACCCCUGGUGGUAAGCUUGUUUAUCAAACUACCAAAAAGAGAGCUAGUGGACCUAAGUGCCCUGUUACUGGCAAGAGAAUUCAAGGAAUUCCACACUUGAGGCCUACAGAGUACAAGAGAUCAAGGUUGCCUAGAAACCGUAGGACUGUUAACCGUGCAUAUGGCGGAGUUUUGUCUGGAGGUGCUGUUCGGGAAAGGAUCAUCAGGGCUUUCUUGGUUGAAGAGCAAAAGAUAGUGAAGAAGGUCCUCAAAAUUCAGAAGGCAAAGGAAAAGCUUGCCACAAAGGCAUGAUUUUGGAGCAAAGCGUGAGAUACAGAUCUUUUUGGAGGACUCUUAGAUUUGGGUGAUUAUAGUAAAUCACAAAUUUUAUUAGUUUUUCCCUUGUUAAUUGUGUUUAAUUGGCUUUGUUUGAACUCAUUCCAGAGCUAUUGUUAACAUUGUCUACUAUUCCAUUGUGAUACAGUUUUGUUUAUCUCAAUUUUCUUGAUGCUUUAUUGCCA